CAAUAGUGACUUGGUUGGCUCUAUUUAGCGUACAAUAAUCAUCUAGACUGUUUGAUAUGGUGGUCUUGUUGCUUUGAAGCACUUCUUUCCUUUUGCCUUACUCUUAAUUUGCGCGGUUGUUGAUCAGGGGUUUCCCGCUUUCUGCAUAUCUUUUGUGGGGUGCUCAAUUUUUUGGCUUUGAAGUUUUCUUUAUUGUUGAAUUUGAGCUGGGAUGGAGGAAAGGUAUGAGCCAUUGAAGGAUCUCGGUGCGGGGAAUUUUGGUGUGGCAAGGCUGGUCAAGGAUAAGAAGACAAAAGAGCUUCUUGCUGUCAAAUACAUUGAAAGAGGGAAGAAGAUUGAUGAGAAUGUGCAAAGAGAAAUCAUCAACCACAGGUCGUUGAGGCAUCCUAACAUUAUUAGAUUUAAAGAGGUCGUGCUAACUCCGACACAUUUAGCUAUUGUGAUGGAAUAUGCUGCUGGUGGAGAGCUCUUUGCAAAAAUUUGCAGUGCUGGUAGAUUCAGUGAAGAUGAGGCUCGCUUUUUCUUCCAGCAGCUAAUAUCUGGUGUUAGCUACUGUCAUUCGAUGGAAAUCUGUCACAGGGACUUGAAGCUGGAAAACACACUUCUGGAUGGGAGUCCAACACCACGUCUUAAAAUAUGCGAUUUUGGUUAUUCUAAGUCCGGUUUGUUGCACUCACAACCCAAAUCAGCAGUUGGAACACCAGCAUAUAUUGCACCUGAGGUCCUGUCAAGAAAGGAAUAUGAUGGGAAGAUUGCGGAUGUAUGGUCCUGUGGUGUGACAUUGUACGUGAUGUUGGUGGGAGCUUAUCCUUUUGAGGAUCCUGAUGACCCGAGAAAUUUCCGGAAAACCAUUGCUCGAAUAAUGAGUGCUCAGCACUCAAUACCUGAUUAUGUGCGAGUAUCUGCCGAUUGCAGGCAACUCCUUUCACGCAUAUUUGUUACUAAUCCAUCAAAGAGGAUUACCAUUCCAGAAAUAAAACAGCAUCCUUGGUUUUUAAAGAAUUUGCCAAAGGAGCUGAUAGAGGUGGAGAAAGCAAAGAACAAGGAACCUGACAAAUCCCAGGUGGAAGAAAUAAUGCGGAUCGUACAAGAGGCAAAAAUCCCAGGUGCAUCAGCAGCACAAACCACUGCUGGUUCAAUAGAUCCUGAUGACUUGGAAUCUGAAAUUGACAACAGCGGUGAUUUUGGCGUUCGAGUCUGAGAGUACCUUUGUCCUCUGAAAAUAAUAUAGCAGAGUUUGUGCAUGAUAAACAGUUGUUUACACAACCUGGCUUGUAUCUAAUGGUUUUGUAUAUUGUAGAUUAUGCACUUUAAUUACAUUUUCACCCUGAACAAUCCAGAAAACAGCUCAAUAGGUACAACUGGAAAUUCGUACUUGCAGAGGGGUUCAGCAGCAUUUUCUUGAACUUGUACAACUGUUUCAAGUAGAUGAAAAUAUCCUUCUACUGAAA